UUCUUCGGUGGUCCCUUUCCACGACGCUUCAACAUUUCAAGCUUGUUUAAGCGCCUGCCAAAGAACAUACAAUACAGAGACAGGUAAUCAUUUUAGAUCAGUAUGCAUCAUUCACAUGCAUGCAUAUAAAUGGAGUUUUCUGUAGAAUUCUACAUAAGCAGUAUCUCCACUUUACCACAGACGAUAGAAGACAAACUAUAACUACAGCAAAAAACUUGUUGCUCAAAAUCUUUCUAAACCAUCAGAUGAGUGAUAGAUCAAUUCAUUCCCUUUAUCUUCCUAUUUUUAUCUCAAAAAAAUCUCCAAAAUCAUUCCUCUCCCAAACUCUCACUUAAAUGCAAGAGUAACGAUGACUUGCUGGAAGUAUAGCUCCAGAGAGAGAGAAAGACAACAAAGAUUACUGAAUAAUGGGGAGGGGCCUCCAACAAAGAUACAAGACAAGGCCACCAAAGUGGGAGAGAAAGAGGAAGAGAAAGAAAGACUAUUGUCUCUACGACAAGAGGAAAGAAGCAAAAUCUCAGAGAAGGAAUUAGAUAUUUCUUGUGGUAGACACUUGGGAACGGUGUGUGCAGAACUCGAUGGUAGAAGACAACAGAAUACUUUCGUCAGACUAAUUGGUAAAGCAGCCAUGCUUCAUGACAUGUUUACUAAUCUAGUUUAUUCUUGGAUAAUAUCCUCUGUGUUCCUCCUCACAACACUACAUUUCUGCCAUUUCUGCCUGUGUUGAUUUCAGCAGGCUAAAUAAUUUAGAUGCCUGGUUGUCUGCCAGUAAAUGAUGGGCUAACAGCAAGAGACCCUAAUCCUAUCCAUUAAGGCAAGAUUUAGUUCCAUGCCUUCUGAACAGCUACCACAAGCCUAUGCCACCAUCUCUAACUUGAUAAAUCCUAUUAUGCAGAGUUACAACUUGGUUCCAUGCUUUUUGUGCUUAUGCAAACUGCAAACAGACUAUACCACCAACUCUAGCACUGACAUGUAGUAGAUAUACCACAUAGUAGAAGGACUAGAAUAAAAUAACAGGAUAUGAUAUCCCCCCCCC